AAAAGAUGUGCACAACUCAGAAACUGCGGAGGAGUCCGUUAAUUGGUCGCAGUAGUUACAGCACAAAGCCUCAGGAUGCAGGGCUGACUGUUCUGACUGACAACGGAACAUGGCUGCCGCCUCAGAGAGCAGAGCACAUCCAUACUUCGACAAUGCCGGCACCGACAGCGUAAAAGAUAACAAAGAUAAGAAUUCACAGCCAAAGGAAAUUAUAAAGCCCUCCAUCAUGGAGCUAACCAAAGAGGUGCGGACGAAUAUCCUCUGCACCGUGGAAGGAUGUGGCAAGAUUCUCCCGAACACUCCAGCUCUGAACAUGCAUCUUGUCAAAUCACACAGGGUCAAGGAUGGUCUUGUUAACCCCACAGUGAGGAAGAGCACGAAGGGGUCACAGAAGCUCUACUGUUGUCCGGUAGAAGGCUGUCCAAGAGGACCCAACAGACCUUUCUCUCAGUUUUCUCUGGUUAAACAGCACUUCAUGAAGAUGCACGCAGAAAAGAAGCACAAAUGCACCACAUGCAGCAACUGUUACAGCACUGAGUGGGACCUGAGGAGGCAUGCUGAGGAUUGUGGGAAGACCUUUCACUGCACCUGCGGCUGCCCUUAUGCCAGCAGAGCUGCAUUGCUGUCUCACAUUUAUAGGACAGGCCAUGAGCUUCCUACAGAGCACAGGUAUCCCCCAGUCAAAAAAAGGAAGAUGGAGGGAUUGCUAAAUGGUGCCACAAAAGCCAGGCCCAGUGAGCAUGUGUAUCAAGUAGUUAACAGGGGAAAAAAGCUUCUUUCUCACAUGUUGAUUUCAGCUGAUGCAGCCUCUCACUCAGAGUUUGGGAGCCAAAACUCCAGUUCCACAAAAAACAUCCCAAAGCUUCUGCUGCCUAAACCAAAGAUGGCCCUGGUGAAUGUUCCUGUGAUGCAGUUUGCCCGCGUACCAGUUCUCCUCUCCUCAGCAGAUAGUAAUGCCAUGAGAUCGGUCCUCCUGACUGUGGACAGACAAGGCUCUGUAAUGAGUGCCAUCCACCUUCUUCCUCAGUCCAUGGAAGCAGUGAUACCAGCCCUGGGUACAAGGACUUUGAGUUCCAGAGACACCAUGCCUGUUUCCAGCCUUGGACUGGAUGGUGUGAGCGUUGGAGUCCAAGUAAACUUGGAGAGUGCCAGCUAUGACCAUAACCUGGCAAGUGACAUGGGACACAGGGGAAAGAGCACAUCUACUGAUAUCCAGACAGAUAUAACUUAUCUCUCAAAGGUCCACCAACCAGCACCACUGUGCUUUCUUGGCGAGGCCUUGGUUUCAUCUUGCUCCCAGACAGACAUUAGUGUUGCCGCUCAGGUCCAGCUUCCUGUCAGCGUGGAGACGCAGACUUUGCCACCAUCGUCCAAAAUCACCUCCUCCUCCUGUGCACAAACAGACACUUUAGGCCAGACAUACUCCUCCUCAGACCAUGUCACCAGGGAAACGCAGACAAAUUACAGCCUGGCCAUCUCUGAAGAUGGAAGGCAGAUAGACCAAACUGUGAUGUGCACAGAAAUAUUCAAUAGUGAGGCCCUCAGUGUUUCGACUCAACCUGUCUCAGAGGAAGGAAUUUUCAGAACUGACAACGCUGUAGAGGAACCUCUGAAUGGCAGUGACUCCUGUCCGUAUGACGCCAAGUCUAGUGGGAUGAUGAGCUUCAGUGCCCAGACUGACCUGCUCCACCAGAACCCUAUGGCAGACAACCAGACACAGACUAUGACAUUGUUCAGUGACAUUGAGAAAAUGCUGUCUGAUAGUAUGGACAGCAGUGCACUGGAGAACCACAGCGCACUGUCAGAUACCACAGCUAGCUGCGAAGUGGAACUAGCAUCCGACCAAGAACAAACGCCUGGUAUCGACUUUGACUUUGAAGAGUUUUUAAACACUGUGCAUAUUCAAACCCAGACAGAGGAGAGUGAGCUUCUCACCUUGAACACUGAAACUCAUUUGGAGUCACUUGACAUCGAAACUCAGACAGACUUCCUCUUCUUCAACCACCUGCCAGACAGUGAUGAAAAUGGAAGAGCCCAUUCCAACGAUCUUGGCCUUGAGAUGUUCGACACGCAGACACAAACUGAUCUCAACUUCCUCUUGGAUACAACCAGCCACAUACCCCUGGGGAACUUCCUAAAGCAGUCAAGCUUCUCUGUGAGCACUGAGUCCACAGACAUCGAGACCCAAACUGACAUCAAUGCCAUGUUCCAACCUGCUGCUGAUGGCAGUCAGGUAAAGCUGAGCAGCACAGAGACGCAAACAAUGACCAGCUCUUUUGAGAGCCUGGGCAGCCUGUUUCUGACCAGCAAUGAGACCCAGACGGUAAUGGACGACUUUCUGACUGCCGACCUUGCCUGGAACAUGGAGUCUCAUUUCAGCUCUGUGGAAACCCAAACCAGUGAUGAGUUCUUGUCUCUCUCCACGCUCUGAGGAACUCAACCCCUGAGUAUUCCUGGUGUCAGUCACUGUAAGGGCAGUUCCUAAGCCAGUUGAGGUGGGGGUGGGGAUCUUUCAUCCCAGUGAGGCUUUACACUGUGACCUCAUGGGUAACAUGGUCAAAAUAGAAGAGGUUCCUAGGAAUUUUGUUCUGGUAGAUCACAUUUCAAGAUUUUUUUGUGACAUCCAAAGCACUUUAUAAUUUCAUGCGCUGCUUUUUACACGUUACUAAUUUGCACAAAAACAAAUUGAGUAUUUUACUGUACAGUAUCUAUUUAUUCCAAUUUGAACACUAAUAUGUGUGGUUGGUGAAAAUGCUUACCUCCUGUGAGAAUAAAUGUGUAUUUUCAGAUUGAGACUAAAUAGAGAUUAAUAUUUGGAAUCACAGGGUGCUUUAUGCUCAGCAUUUUUUAAAUGCUUAUGCUUGUGUAGUCUAUUGCUACAGAACAGCACCAGUUAGACUGUUUGUUGCAGGUGAAGCUACAGACUUUUAUCCUUGAUUUACUGAUAGCAGGGUGACUGUUUCCACUGAUGGAAACAUCGGCACUGUAAAGAAUGCUUUGUCAAAACUUGAUUUCAGCUACACCAGUGACUCUUACAGUAAGUACACUGCAUUUCCAUAAGUUUGUGGACACCCCUUCUAAUUGGUGGUUUCAGGUAUUUCAACACCACCCAUUGCUAACAGGUGAAUAAAAUCAAGCAUACGGCCAUGCAAUCUCCAGUGACAAACAUUGGCAAUAGAAUUGGUCAUACUGUGACUUUCAACGUGGCAUUGUCAUAGCAUGCCACCUUUCCAACAGGUUAGCUCAUCAAAUGUAUAGAAGCUCAGCUGUGAAGCGGUAGGCCACAAGAACUCACAGAACAGGAACACCAAGUGCUGAAGCAUGUUACAUUACAUUACAUUACAGGCAUUUGGCAGACGCUCUUAUCCAGAGCGACGUACAACAAAGUGUGUAACCAUAACCAGGAACAAGUGUGUCGAAAACCCUAGAGAGAAGUACGGUUCCAAGUGCAGGGAACAACCGCAUAGUAGCGUUGUUCCCUGCAUGUAGCGUGUAAAAAUCAUCUGUCUUUGGUUGCAACACUCGCUGCAGAGUUCCAUACUACCUCUGGAAACAACAUAAGCACAAGAACUGUUUGUCAAGAGCAUCAUAAAAUGGGUUUCCAUGGCUGAGGAGCCAUGCACAACCCUAAGAUCACCAAGUGCAAUGCCAAGCAUUUGCUGGAGUGGUAUAAAGCACACUGCCACUGGAGUCGUGGAAAUGAGUUCUCUAGAGUGAUGAAUCUUGGUUUAGCGGAACGCAUAGUGCCAACUGUCCUGGUCCAAAUAGUGCCAACGGUAAAGUCUGGUGGAGGAGGAAUAAUGGCCAAGGACGGUUUCAUGGUUUGGGCUUGGCCCCUUAGGUCCAGUGAAGGUAAAUCUUAAUGCUACAGCAUAGAAUGACAUUCUAGAGAAUUGCUUCCAACUUUGUGGCAACAGUUUAGGCAAGGUUCUGUUUCAGCAUGACAAUGCUCCCGUGGACAAAGCAAGGUCCAUAAAGAAAUAGUUUGCUGAGUUUGGCGUGGAAGAACUUGACUACCCCAUCAAACACCUUUGGGAUGAAUUGGAAUGCCGAUUGCGAGCCAGGCCUUCCCAGAAGAGUGGAGGCUAUUACAGCAGCAAAGGGAGGCCCAUGUUGAUGCUCAUAAUUUUAGAAUGAAAUGUUCAACAAGUACAUAUGGAUGUGAUGUUCAGGUGUCCACAUACUUUUGGAAAUGUAGUUUAUGUGGAGAUCAUUUAUGCCUACAGCAGGAUUUUGAAGGCAUUAAUGCAGAAGACACACACUCCCAUCACUUCCUAUGCUGCGUGUUGCACACUGUAUUUGGUCUUUUCAUUUUAGCAUGCCUUCCAUUUUUAUGAAGCAUGAUUCAAAAGAUUCUUUGCCCUGUUGAACCUUGUUGCAUGAAUACUGAGCCUGAAAAUACUUUUAAUGAUUUGUGUUCUAUACUUAUUAAGGCCAAUCCACAUGCUGUGAAAAAGGACUCCCAAAACAAUAGACCCUUGCAGGGUCCACAAAAUCCUGUAUAGUGGACCUAAGCAUUGUUCUUCUAAUACCAAUGUAGUUGCUGUCACUUUAAUAAUGCUCUGACAUGACUUCUUGUUUUAUAUUAUGAGCUUUCAUGAAAGAGUUGGAAAAUUCAUAAUUGAUGAUAAAAUGUUUUCAAGUCAUUUGAUGUUAUAUGAAUUUGCACAUACUGUUCAGUAUUGCAUCUAUUUUUUGUUGUUUGGUGGGUGCCUUACAAUAUGUGUGGUACUGAAUAUUUUUGUUGUUGCUUUUCAACAAAUUCAACACUGUGCUGCUUCUUAAGGAAGGGACCCAGACUGAAAAGUUAUUUCCUUAAUUAUGUAUGCAGAAUAUAUUGUAAACCUAAUAGAUUCAUAUUUCAGCAGUUUUGUUGUAUAUUUUUCUUCAGUGUCAAAUGUGAAAAUUUGAGUAUUCUUAUUCUAAGUUUGUUGGUAAAGCACAGUAUUUUUGAUCCAGUUUUUUUUCUGGUGUCCCAGAAUGCUAUGCAGGACUCUGAUAUCAUGGAACCAUUCCUUGUGCUGUUCUUUGGUUUUUGUUCUUUUGGUUUUUUCUUUGGUCUGUUUACUGUGUGCAUCAGACACAUGGAAUAGUCCU